UAGACAUAGCGUACUCUUCUCAUUGCUUUUCUAUCAUACACACCUCCUUAAAAAUUUAGAGCACAAGCUUCAAUACCAUUCUGAACGUCAGAUGUAUGUCUGGAAGCGCUGAGCAUCUGAAGGAUGAGGUAAGGCUCAAAGUUUUAUAAACGUACCAUUGUCCCACAAAAUCGAGAAACUGAUGCAUAUCUAGGGCUCCAAAACCCAAUCAAUGAUAGCUGGUGCAACAGCUGGAUUGAUUGCUAGGUAAAUACAUAAUUGGUCAACUUUAAAUCUCGUUAUACUCAUACUUUUCACGCAGAUUCGUAAUCGCUCCCUUGGACGUUGUUAAGAUUCGCCUGCAAUUGCAAUCACAUUCCGCAUCAGACCCUCUGUCUCAUCGUGAUCUGCGAGGCUCACCAAUAUACAAAGGGACACUUCCUACCAUCAAACGUAUUUUCCGAGAGGAAGGACUUUCGGCAUUAUGGAAGGGAAAUGUUCCAGCGGAGUUGAUGUAUGUUUCAUACAGUGCGAUUCAAUUCACGACGUAUAGAUCUGUUACGCUGGCCCUUCAAGAUACUCUCGGAGAACAUAGAAUGCCAGCUGCUGCUGAAAGUUUCAUUGCUGGAGCAUCCGCAGGAGCUGUCGCUACGACCGCCACUUAUCCUCUUGAUUUACUUCGGACACGAUUCGCCGCGCAAGGAGUAGAAAGGAUAUAUACUUCUCUCCGAGCCUCUAUCCGUGAUAUUGCCGUUAAUGAAGGGCCGAGAGGGUUUUUCCAAGGGCUUGGGGCUGGAGUUGGACAAAUUAUACCAUACAUGGGGAUUUUCUUUGCCACAUACGAGACUUUACGUGUCCCGUUAGGGACUCUACACAUGCCUUUUGGAUCUGGAGAUGCCACUGCUGGAGUUAUUGCUUCGGUUAUUGCAAAAACAGGUAUAUUUCCAUUUGAUUUGAUUAGGAAGAGAUUGCAAGUACAAGGGCCAACAAGAGAAAGAUACGUUCAUAAGAACAUACCAGUUUACAAUGGUGUAUUUCAGACCAUGCGACACAUAAUACAAAACGAAGGUUACCGAGGGCUUUAUCGAGGAUUGACAGUCAGGUACGUAGAAGAUCAGUUUGGGAUUUUCUGGUGCUAACAGCAAUAGUCUCUUCAAAGCGGCCCCAGCUAGUGCCGUUACUAUGUGGACAUAUGAACGAGUUCUCCAACUUUUACUGAAAUGGGAGAAAGCUCAGGAGAGAUCAACGUGAUAUAAGAAUCCUCCAAGGUAAGAUGUUACAUGAGGUUAGUAAAAUCUAUAGAGGAGCUGAAUCCAACACUGGAUACUCUUGCGGUGAUUUUGCGCGUCUUCAAUAGAUUUAUAGACAAUAAAGAUAAUAAA